AUAGGCGCCCCCGGCGGUAGCGGCGGGGAAAUUCAAACGUGUUUGCGGACGGGGACGUGGAUUCCAUCUUUUCUUCUUAACUCCGCUUUCCGGCGGAGAGUCCAGUCUCGCCGGACCACGGAGGGACGGCGCGGCAAAAAUGGAGGCUGAGGAUUUAAGUGGCAGAGAAUUGACAAUUGAUUCCAUAAUGAACAAAGUGAGAGAUAUUAAAAACAAAUUUAAAAAUGAAGACCUUACUGAUGAGCUAAGCUUGAAUAAAGUCUCUGCUGAUACUACAGAUAACUCGGGAACUGUUAACCAAAUUAUGAUGAUGUCAAACAACCCAGAGGACUGGCUGAAUCUGUUGCUCAAACUAGAGAAGAACAGUGCUCCUUUAAAUGAUGCCCUUUUAAAUAAACUGAUCGGUCGUUACAAUCAAGCAAUUGAAGCACUUCCUCCAGAUAAAUAUGGCCAAAAUGAGAGUUUUGCUAGAAUUCAAGUGAGAUUUGCUGAACUAAAAGCUAUUCAGGAGCCAGACGAUGCACGGGACUACUUUCAGAUGGCCAGAGCAAACUGCAAGAAAUUUGCUUUUGUUCAUGUAUCUUUUGCGCAAUUUGAACUCUCACAAGGUAAUUUCAAAAAAAGCAAGCAACUUCUUCAGAAAGCUGUGGAAUGUGGAGCAGUACCACUAGAAAUGCUGGAAAUUGCCAUUCGAAAUUUAAACCUUCAAAAAAAGCAGCUGCUUUCAGAGGAGGAAAAGAAGAGUUUAUCAGCAUCUACAGUACUAAAUGCACAAGAACCAUUUCCCAAUACACUUGGACAUUUACAGAAUAGGAACAUCAGUUGUGAUUCCAGAGGACAGACUACUAAAGCCAGGUUUUUGUAUGGAGAGAACAUACCCCCUCAAGAUGCAGAGAUCGGCCAUCGAAAUCCCUUGAAACAAACAAAACGAUCAUGCCCAUUUGGAAGAGUCCCAGUUAACCUUCUAAGUAGCCCGGAUUAUCAUGAGAAGACGGAUGGUUCAGUUGUACCAACUUUUACUAAGAGACAGACCUCUGGAUUAGAAUGCCGAGAUACAAUUGUGCCUGGAUCUAAAUCAAGCGGAAAUGAUUCCAGUGAAUUGAGAAAUUUAAAGUCUCUUCAAAAUACUCGUUCCAAGGAAGCUCUGAUAUCCGAUGAGAAGAGUUCUGAACUUAUUACAGAUUCAGUAACCCUGAAGAAUAAAAGUGAAUCAAGUCUUCUAACAAAAUUAGAACAAACCAAAGAACAUCAAGAACCAAAGGUUCCUGAAAAUAACCAGAGACAAUGGCAAUCUAAGAGAAAGUCAGAAUGUGUAAGCCAGAAUCCUGCUGCAUCUUCAAAUCAGUGGCAGAUUCCAGAGAUGAUUCAAAAAGUUGACACAGAGCAGAAACAAACCACUUUUGAGCAACCUGCCUUUUCAGUUUCAAAACAGUCACCACCAAUAUCGACACCUAAAUGGAUUAACCCCAAAUCUAUUUGUAAGACACCCAGCAACAGUGCCUUGGAUGAUUACAUGAGCUGUUUUAGAACUCCAGUUGUAAAGAAUGACUUUCCACCUGCUUGUCAGUUAUCAACACCGUAUAGCCAACUUGCCUAUUUCCAGCAGCAACAGCAGCAAAUUCCUGUUACACCACUUCAAAAUUUACAGAUUUCAGCGUCCUCUUCAACAAAUGAAUGCAUUUCGGUUAAAGGAAAAAUAUAUUCCAUAUUGAAGCAGAUAGGAAGUGGAGGUUCAAGUAAGGUAUUUCAGGUGUUGAAUGAAAAGAAGCAGAUACAUGCUAUAAAAUAUGUGAACUUAGAAGAAGCAGAUAGCCAAACAAUUGAUAGUUACCGGAAUGAAAUUGCUUAUUUGAAUAAACUACAACAACAUAGUGAUAAAAUCAUUCGACUUUAUGAUUAUGAAAUCACGGACCAGUACAUCUACAUGGUAAUGGAGUGUGGAAAUAUUGAUCUUAAUAGUUGGCUUAAAAAGAAAAAAUCCAUCGAUCCAUGGGAACGGAAGAGUUACUGGAAAAAUAUGUUGGAGGCAGUUCACACAAUUCAUCAGCAUGGUAUUGUUCACAGUGAUCUGAAACCUGCUAACUUUCUGAUAGUUGAUGGAAUGCUCAAGCUAAUUGAUUUUGGAAUUGCAAACCAAAUGCAACCAGAUACAACAAGUAUUAUUAAAGACUCUCAGGUUGGUACCGUUAAUUAUAUGCCACCAGAAGCAAUCAAAGAUAUGUCUUCCUCAAGAGAGAAUGGGAAAUCCAAAUCAAAGAUAAGCCCCAAAAGUGAUGUUUGGUCCUUAGGCUGCAUUUUGUACUACAUGACUUAUGGGAAAACACCGUUUCAGCAUAUAAUUAAUCAGAUUUCUAAAUUACAUGCCAUAAUUGACCCUAAUCAUGAAAUUGAAUUUCCUGAUAUUCCAGAGAAAGAUCUUCAAGAUGUGUUAAAGUGUUGUUUAAUAAGAGACCCUAAACAGAGGAUAUCCAUUCCUGAGCUUCUGGCACAUCGAUAUGUCCAGAUUCAAACCCAUCCAGGAAACCAGAUGGCCAAAGGAACCACUGAGGAAAUGAAACAUGUUCUGGGCCAACUUGUUUGUCUGAAUUCUCCUAACUCCAUUUUGAGAGCUGCUAAAACUUUAUAUGAGCACUACAGUGGUGGUGAAAGUCAUGAUUCCUCUUCAUCAUCUAAGACUUUUGAAAAAAAAUGGGGGAAAAAAUGAUUUGCAGCUACUCAUAAACUGUCAGGUGUCACCUGUACAAUGUACUGGACUUUCAUACUCUUGAAUCUCUUGGAGAUCUCUUGAAGAUAACUUCACUCUGAAAUAUCAUUGGCAGAAAAUUUCAGUGGAUUAUCCUCAAAAGAAAACUGUAAAAACAAUAACCAGAAAUGGCACUGUAUAUAUUAAAUUGUAGAACUGUUUCCUCUUUUAUGCUUUCCUGUAAAUCUACUUGAUAUUGUUUCACACUUGGAAUAGUGGGUAGAAAACUGAAAUACAUUCUGAAGAACUAUGUACAUAAGGUUUUGUAUAGUAUAAAAUGACACUAAAAUGUCAAAGUUGUAAAAUUGUUUUCUUUGUUCAAAUGUAUUAUUGGUGUGGCAACAGAAUUCUUAAUUA